AACGCGUCCCUGGGCGCCCCCCACGCACCCAGCCCGGCCGAGCCGACCGCGCGCCACAGCCAUCCGGCCAUGGAGACGCUAGAGCCGCGGCGUCUGCAGCUUCUGCUGCCGCUGCUGCUGCUGCUGUGCGGUGGCUGUCCCCGAGUGGGGGGCUGCAACGAGACACGCAUGCUGGAGAAGCUGCCCCGGUGCGGGAAGGCUUUUGCCGACAUGAUGCGCACGGUGGAUGUCUGGAAGUGGUGCAACCUGUCGGAGUUCAUCGUGUACUACCAGAGCUUCACCAACUGCACGGAGGUGGAGACCAACGUGGUGGGCUGCUACUGGCCCAACCCGUUGGCUCAAGGCUUCAUCACCGGCGUCCACAGGCAGUUCUUCUCCAACUGCACCGUGGACAGGACGCACUGGGAGGACCCCCCGGACGCGGUGCUCAUCCCCCUCAUCGCCGUGCCGGUGCUGCUCACCGUCGCCAUGGCCGGCCUGGUGGUGUGGCGCAGCAAGCGCACGGGCCAGCUGCUGUGAGGCGGUGGAUGGGUGGGUGGGGGCGCCCCCAGAGGAGGGUCUGGGCUAGCUGCUGUGAGGGGGAGGGGGCCGGGGAGCCGGCGGAGGCUGCCCUGCCGCCCAGAUCCCGCCUGGCGGCUUGCCGGGCUCAGCCCGCUCACCCAGCUUCGUCCUCCUUCCGGGACGAGAGCGCACCGAGGCCCAGCCUGGCGCUGGAAUGAAUCACUGCUGCUGUGCCCGCCUCCCAGGAUGGGUUGGGGCCUCCAGGGUUUCCGGGCCUUCCUGGUCCCAGCCCUGGCCUCUGACCCGGACCCCAACCCCAGCCUGGCUCGGACUUCACCUCCCAACCCGACCCCAACUCCUGUCCUGACCCCACCUCCUCCCUGACCCCACCUCCUCCCUGACCCCACCACCUUCCAACCUGGCCCCACCCCUAUC